AUGGCCAACAAGAUCCUCCUCGUUUUUAUCGCCUUUGACGUCGUGUUCCUUCUGUGUGGUGGACUGCACCUCUUCAUCCCACUCUUCACGCAGGCCAACAUCAAGAAUAACACCAAUGUGGACAAUAUUGCGUCAAAUCUGCUCCUCGACCACUGUCCGCUAACAGCCAGCAUGGCCAACUCGGUGGUCAUGUUCGUCACCUUCCUACUGUCCGUCCCCUCGUUUUUCCUCAAAUCCAACCGCACCUUCCUCAAACUCCACGUCGGCGGUGUCAUCAUAGCUGCGCUUAUGACACUGGGCAUCGGGCUGGCCAUCUGGUUCUCCACCCUGGAAAUCCACAAGAACCUCGCUCCGAUCUGGAACAAGCAGCCCGCCUCGACAGUGUCCAUGCUGCAGGCCAAGUUUCAGUGCUGCGGAUACAAUAAUCCGGCGCUUUUUGUAAAGGAUGCCACUUGCACCAGCGCUGCGACCGCCGCGCGCCUUGGACCUUGUGUCACUCCCUUCGGUGUAUUUGCUAGCCGGUUCUUGGAUAUCGUCUUCACUACGUUCUUCGGCUUUGUCGCGGUCGACAUGAUGCUCUUGUUGGCUGCCCUGUGUUUGAUCAGGGACCGUAAAGAGAAGGAACGUUACAGGCUGAUCGACGAAAAGACGGGUUUCGGACCAAUCUGA